AUGGAGGAACUAAAUCUCUACAUUCUCACAUCCAACUGUGCGCGGAAUCUCAUCGAUGUCAAGCUUGUGGCAGCCCACCUCUUCGAUGUACUUCCUGCCUCUGCCCCAGCGCCAGAGCUGAUCGUGCUCUCAUUGCAAGAGCUAGCUCCGAUUGCAUACUCCUUUCUGGGGGGCUCAUAUCUCCUUCCCUACUUUAACGCUUUUGUCAAUGCAAUCAAGCUAGCGACCGCCAAGCGAUGGAAUGAAUCUUAUGUCAACCUGGUCAAGGACCACACCGGUAUGACAGGGUUAAUGGUCUUUGCGCGCGCGGACAUUACGAAUAGAAUAUCCUGGAUCGACACCGCGCAUGUCGGCUUCGGAGUGCAAGAGAUGGGGAACAAGGGUGCUGUCGGAGCACGGCUGGGUUACGUGGUUGAGGGCCGGUCGUCUAAGACGGUGGAUUUAACGUUCGUCGCGGCUCAUCUGGCGCCGAUGGAGAAUGCGUUGGCGCAGAGAAAUCUGGAUUGGCAGAGUAUAGUUGAGCGGCUGGUUUUCUCGCAUGGAGAGACACCACCCAAGGUCUCUGACGAGAGCAGCGAGGGCACAGACGAAAACACCGCGCUUCUAAAUGACCACACAUCGUCGCAUUACUCCGAAGGCAAGCGGCGCGAUCUCUUCGCGCCCGACUCAUAUCUCUUCCUCGCCGGAGACCUCAACUACAGAACAUCUGACAUGAGCCCGCUCAAAGACGAUGUCCUGCGCUUCCCAAAGCGCAACGUCGACCCCAGCAACCCCUCCCAUUACUCUCACCUCCUCAAGCAAGACCAACUCAUGCGCGAGAUGCGCUCCGGCAAGGCCUUCCACGGCCUUUCCGAAGCCCCCAUCGACUUCCCGCCAACAUAUAAGUACUCUAAUGCAGCACGACACGCCGCCCGAGACGCCCUAGAGAACGGUGCGCCAGGCACAGACUGGAAAUGGUCUGCGCACCGCUGGCCCAGCUGGUGCGACCGCAUCCUGUACCUGGACCACCCAUCAGCAUCACGAGGCGAAGGCGACGGAGCUGCGCAAAGCACUGUCCAACCCCGCGUGUACAAUGCUCUCCCGCUCUUCCCUCACUCCGACCACCGCCCCGUCGCGCUAGCCGUGGCCGUGCCUCUGAGACCCGCGUCGGCGCCCGCAGCCGCGGACGCGGAGCCCACAGCUGGCGAUUCGAUCGGCAGCACCAUCACUAGGGUCAUGGCUCCAUUUGCGAUCGAUUCUAGCUGGCGGUCUCGGCGGGAGGCAGCGCGGCGGAAGGAGGUUGUUGUGGGUGUGCUGGCGUACCUGGGGCUGACUUGGGAGGGGAAUGGGAUGGUGUUUGCGGCGGUGGUCGGGCUUGUGGGAGCAUGGGUGGUGCUGCGGUCGAUGUGGGAAGUAUGA